AGGUCCAUUCAAUAUCUGUGAUAAGCUGCUGGUUGCCUUAGAGAUCCUUGUCCACUAGAGGGAAUUGUUUAAACGUGGUGUUCCUCUCACAGUUGCUAUUGAAAGUAGUCUCGAAAGCUGGAAAAAGUGUGGCUUGAUGGAGCUUACCGAUAAUGAGCAGAAGUACAUCACAGGAUUGCUGUACAAUGGUUUCUAUGCAUUUGAAUUGAUUUCUGAACGAAAUAUGGAUGAUGUAAUCUGUGGAAUUUGUGGUGUUGUUGGUCAGGUUUAUUUUGGUGAUGGUAAUGAAAAGAACUGCUGUAGCAUAAAUAAGCUGAAGUAAUAUCCAAUAUCGUAAUUUUUUUCAACUAAGCUUUACACUAUAGCAUUUGUUUCGGGUGCAGUGGAUGAACAAAGGUGUCCUUCAAGUUUGAUAGUGUUGCUGUUAAAUGCAAACCGCCAUACUGGAGGGCAGGCUUAUUAUUUUUCUUGCUUUGGGGAAUCCAAAACAAAGACAAGUCAAGCUUGACUGGUUGAAAUUGCUUUGUUUCAGAGGCGGUCAAACUGUUUUAUCCUCCAAGCAUGGCCGAUUUUGUACAUGUGAUUGUUUGUUGCAAAGACCUGUUAUCAAAAGAAGGGACUUUCUUUUUCUUGGAUUAUAAUGAUUUUCUCCUUUUCAACUCUAACCUUUCCCGUGAGAUCAGUUGAAACACAAUUUUCAUUUCUUUUCAUUACCUUGUGUUUUUUCUUUUUUCUUUAUUUUAAAAUUGUAAAAGCCAUUUUUGAGUCUGGGCCAGUUACUAGUUUGGGUGCCUCCUCUGGAUCCACCACUGGGAUUUGCAUAUCCCUGACUACUUACCAAUUUAUACAGGACUGUAUAGUUAUUUGAACUCCUGAAAUCAAUCAGCUUCCUGUUCAUAGAGUGGUCAAAUGUAAUGAAAGAACAUGAACACUCAAACUGGGGAGCAUAAUCAUGUGGCAAAUCUUUAUUGUCGUACCCCAAUGAUUAUUGCUGGAUUGGGUGGUCUAGUAUAUUUUUACAGGUUGGCCAAUGCUACAGCUAUAAAGGGUAUUCAAUAUUUUUUAUUUUCCUCAGAUUGACUAUUGCCAAGAAUCAGACAAAAAUGGUCAAGAACUGCCUCCCUCAUUGGAUUCAUUUCUAUUGUCCUUGAAGUCAGUCUUUGUUGAGAAAAUCACCUUUACGUCUUCUAAACAAGAUAACACAGUUAAGGCUGUUAGAGUGCCACCAAUUAUUGCUCCAGGCAUGAGAGGAGGAAAGAUUUUCAACACUGAGAUGGAAAAGAAAAGUGUUUAUUUGGGAGGCAGAUUUUUUGACAAAGACAAAAUUAAUGGUGAUCCAAUGCUUCUACAUCAUGUUAUUAAAUCUAAACAUCUGGACAUGACAUCAUUGGAGAAGUUGACACAACAAGAACUACGUAGCAUUUGUGAAGAAUGUAACAUUGAAAAGGUCUCAAGUCUUUCAAAGGCACUGCUUAUCCAAAGACUUCAAUCUCUCUACUCUUCAUUGCUUACUGGAUCUUCGCCAUGCCAUGGUUUCACCCAUGUACGUGGCCACACUGGUGGAUUCUAUCACAUGGUUUGCUGUCAUGGGUGUUUUCCUUUUAGACAACUGUGGCAUCAAAACAAACUUUUACAACCAGUCAGUGUUCCUGAACUGGUGACUGCAGAAUUCAGUGCAAGCAAACUUGAUAGCAAGUCCCUCAAGGCAGAUUCUGCUUUGCAGCAUCCACUGACACAGUCUACCCAGCGGUAUGUGGUUGGCGACUGA